AUGUUCACCACUAUAGGAAAUGCACCCGUCAAGUUUCAGUCAGAUUGCCCAAAAUGCAUACCUAUAUGCAUUAACAAUGGCACAGUAUUGGGAAACUUGAACGAAGUAGGCAGUAAGAUUCACUACAAAUGUAACCAUGGAUAUAGGGACAAGAACCGAAUAGUAAGUGCUGUGUGCAAAGAGGACGGUACAUGGAAUGUGACGGCCAACUGUACAAGAGUUUGCAAUGAUCUACCCACUCUUCACAAUCAAACUGUUUCACUGGACAAAAUGAAUGGGAACUUUUUUAUGGAAACAGCUACCGUAGCAUGUCACACGGGGUAUCAGAAAUGUGUUGGCACUAUCAAACGUACUGUCUCAGAUGACUGGGAAAAUGCAGCUUGUGAUCCACUUGGCUACUUAUACUGCGGAAAUCCAGUUUCUCCAGCUAAUGGGACCAUAGUCUCUAAUAGUGGUACCAUCCUCCUGGAUACAGCAACCGUUACAUGUGAUGACAGGUACCAGAGCAGUGUUGAUGUUAUCAGUUGUACAGCUUCUGGACAAUGGGACACUGUUACCUGUGAUCGAAUAUCCUGUGGAAAUCCGGUAUCUCCAGCUAAUGGGACCAUAGUUCCUAUUGGUGAUACAAUGUUCCUGGAUACAGCAAGCGUUACUUGUGAUGACGGGUACCAGAGCAGUGUUGAUGUUAUCAAUUGUACAGCUUCUGGGGAAUGGAACACUAGACCUUGCGAGAUAUGUUUGCAUGGUCAGCUGUGUGAUAUGCAUUCAAAACAAUGCAAGUAUAAAGAAUGCAUACCUACACGCAUUAACAAUGGCACAGUACUGGGAAACUUGAACGAAGUAGGCAGUAAGAUUCGCUACAAAUGUAACCAUGGAUAUAGGGACAAGAACAGAAUAAAGAGUGCUGUGUGCAAAGAGGACGGUACUUGGAAUGUGACGGCCAACUGUACAAGAGGCAUAGACUCCAUCGUAUUCAAAGGGAAAAAAUCUAGUAGAUCUGUUUGA